AUGUCAGGCAUCAAAGCAACUAAAUGCAAGGCUCUGUUACGAGUUCUGAUUCCAUGGGUUUUACUGACCAACGUCAUGGUGGCGCUGUACUGCUUAAGAAACCCAAACCAAGUGAAACUCAGCGACUCCCAAGAAGACACGUGUCCUCUCGGUGUGGCAAAAUUACAAAAGAAAAGUUUGAUCAAGCAGUCUCACUCAGAAGAGUGCUCACCCAAAGUGAAUAUCAUGUUUAUGAAGACGCAUAAAACAGCUAGCAGCACCAUCCUCAAUAUCCUCUUCAGGUUUGGAGAAAAGCACAAGCUCAGGUUUGCAUUUCCUGAUGGACGCAAUGACUUCUUCUACCCAUCGCCGUUCCUGUGCUCCCAGGUGAAGGACUACAAACCUGGAGAAUGUUUCAACAUCGUUUGCAACCACAUGCGCUUUGAUUAUCAAGAAGUGUCCAAGCUCCUGCCUCCAGACAGCGUGUACGUCACCAUCUUGCGUGACCCGGUGGAUCUCUUUGAAUCUUCCUUCCAUUACUACCACAAAGCAGUUCCCCUUACGUGGAGGAUCAGAGGUGAAAACAAGCUGGCAGAGUUUCUGAACAACCCUUGGCCCUUCUACAGUCCAGAGGCUUUCAACUCAUUCUAUCUAAAAAAUCUGCUCUUUUUCGACUUUGGUUUAGAUAACAACCUCGAGGCUGAUGAUCCUCGCGUCAUGACAGAAAUUAAGAACUUAUCAAGACGUUUUCAUCUGGUCCUCAUUGCAGAAUAUUUCGAAGAGUCUCUUAUUCUGCUGAAGGAUUUGCUCUGUUGGACAAUGGAGGACAUCCUGUACUUUAAGCUUAACGCUCGCAAGAGCUCAUCCGUGUCUCACUUGGAUAGUGAGAUGAGAGCCAAAGCUCUACAGUGGAAUGGGGCAGACUGGAAACUCUAUCAGUAUUUUAAUGGUACCUUCUGGGCCAGAGUUGAGGCAUAUGGGAGAGAAAGAAUGAAGCAGGAGGUAGAGGAGCUGAGAAGAAGAAAUGCUGAGAUGAAGGACAUCUGUAUUGAAGGUGGAGGUGCGGUUGAAGCGCAGAAGAUACAGAGCAGACGUUUCCUGCCCUGGCAGCCGGUUGGAGAGAGUUCCAUCCUGGGUUACAACAUUAAGAAAGAUAUUGAUCCAAGAUUCAGGACAGUCUGUGAAAAAAUGCUCACACCUGAAAUACAAUACUUAUCCGAGCUGGGUGUAAACCUGUGGCUCACAAGACUGUGGGGUUGGUUAAAAGAUGCCAUCUACUGA